UGAUGGCACUCACCAGUGGUGAUGGGUGGUCAGCACAGUUGUCAGUGAUACCCCCUCCCGGCCCACGAUCUCCAGCAGCUGAAAGGGAUGGGAGUUAGGGAGAUGCAGGUGGUCCAGGUGGCUGCCUGUGUUGGGGCGCCAGGCCCGGGUGCACAGUGCCCCAGGCAGGGGACGGGCCUGGGGGUAGGGGAGAUCCAGCAGACAAUUACGGAGCGCCCAGCACACACAGUACAGUUAGGCACCAUACGCAGGGAAAAGGGGAGACCCGAGACGGCUCUAACCUCAGAGGAGACCCAAGAUAAUCAAGAAACCCUAAACGCCAAAUAACCAGAGAUGAGACAAUAGGGGAAGGAUCUGGCCCCGGCAGCGUAGUCUGGAAAGCCUCUCGGAAUGCGGACUGACGGUCUCGGCCUACGAUGCCUGUGCCCACAGCUGUGCUCCCGCCGCCCGAAAGCUGCCCUCACCCUUUUGGGCACGGCCACGUCCACGGCCACAGCCUCCCGCGUGUGCUCCUCGAUGACCAGGCCCCGGCCUCCCCAGGCCCCCUCCCUCCGAAGUACGACCCCGGCCCGCCCCCUUUUCCGGUCGUCCACUCACCCCAGCUGGGCUGCGCCAGCUGGUCUCAAGGACUGCCUAAAGGACAGCCGGACAGAGGCGGGCCUCGGGCGCCUGUCACGGGGCCUGGACGGAGCGCGCCGCUCACCCGGGCCGCCACCAACGGCCCGCGCCCCUGAGAUCCGCUGGGCCCUCCUGGAACCUGCGCGCGCGGGAACCGGCGUACAGUGCCCAGAGCACACGCGUGCGCGAGAGGGAGCGCGCGCGUGCGCGGGAGGGAGCGCGCGCGUGCCCGAAGGGAGCUGCACGCACGUCUGGCCAGUCGCGCCCGGCGCUGCGGCGCCUCCUCCGCGAAGCCCUCCUGGCACCGGGCUGAGACAGCCCUGCUGAGUACCCCGGACCCGGACUGGGACGUCUGAGCCCGCUUCCGUCAGGCUGAGCGCUGCAGGGAUCUGUCCAGUUUGUUUGCCUGCCCGUCCAGUGCUCAGCGUAGGGGCCUAAUGAGUGUGCGAACCCACAUGGUAGAGCAAAGCGCGCUGUGUGAGGACAACAGUAACAGCAGCGGCACCUCCAUACCAUGCGCGCUGUCCCACACCUCCCCAGGCUGGGCCCUUCUAUGCACUCGUGGUUCCAUCCGCGUCCCUGAUAAAUGCUGGGGUGCCGAUCUGCGUUUCCCAGAUGAGGAAAAGGAAACCGGAAAGAAUGGAUCGCCAAAUACGGAAGCAGUUCUGCCGCGGGCCGAGACCUGGCUGCCAGGAGUCCCUGGGGGUACCCCAACCUGGGCCACCAACCUUGAGACAGAGGUUCCCUCAGAUCUAGAGCUGAGUGAGGAGCAGCGGCUGCAGGUCUGCAAGGAGCUGGUGGACCUGCAGAUCAAAACCCAUCGCCUGAAGGAGCAACACGAAGCUGAAAUCUUCGAGCUGAAGAGUGAGGUCCUGUGGCUGGAGAGCCGGGUGCUGGAGCUAGAACUGCACGGAGAGCAGGCAGCCCUAGCAGAAGCUAAUCCGGGGCACCGCCAGGCACUGGCACAGGAGCUUGGGCACAAGGCCUGGGGGCAGGGACACUCCGACCACCACAGACUCCAGGCACAGCCCAAGGACUUCCUGACAGCUGAGAACGAGCAGCAGAAGCUGGGGCAUGGUCCGCAGGGAGAAGUAAGUCGGGCGCCAGAGCAGCACAGGGCUCGGCAGCAGGCACUGGAGACGCGUGUGGCAGCCCUGGGCUGGCAGCUGCAAGGAGCUCAGGAGGAGGCCAGGACAGCUGGGCAGCAACUGGCUGCACAAACCUUGGUAUUGUCUGCCUGCCGGGGCCAGCUCCACCAGGCUGAAGCAGAGAACGCCCGGCUGCAGCUGCAACUCAAGAAGCUGAACGAGGAGUACGCCAUCCGACUGCAGCACUGCGCCCGAGCCGUGGCUGAGUAUGCAGAUGGUGCAGGCCCAAAGCCUGCAUCCACAGCCCUUCGGACAUUCCUGGAAACCACUCUGGAGGACAUUCGGGGGGCACAUCACAGCCGUGAGCAACAGCUGGCCCGGGCUGCUCGCACCUACCGCAAGCGCCUGGCAGAUCUGAGUCAGAGGCACGAGGAGCUGCUGGCUGCCCACAGUGUGCAACAGGUGCUGGCGGAGCCCAACGGGGCACCCAGGAUCCCCAAGGCUACCUCUGGUGCAGCCACCUCAGACAUGGAGCCGCCGCCCCUGCACAUGGUCACCAAAUUCGGCCACCUGAGGGAGGACCAGGCUAGGCUGGAGAAGCAGCUCCAGAAGCUCCAGGCCCAGAAAGAACCCAAUGAAGCCUCUCAGGGGGGCCCAUUAGAGCCACAGGGCCUGGAAGCUGCAUCCUGGGCCCAGAUCCGCCAGAAGCUACAGGACUUCUCCCGUGGCACCCAGGUAGUGGGCAAAACCUGGCCAGAGGCCCUUCCUCACACUGUGCCCAGGCUCAUGGCUUAUGUUCCCUCAUUCCAGGCAGAGCUGGAAAGGGAGAGAGCACAGCUGCUAGUCCGAGCCACGAUGGCUGAGGAGCAACUUUCUGAGCUACAAGAGUAUGUGGACCAGCACCUGGGCAGGUACAAGCAGGAGAUCCUGAGGCUGAGGAAACUGGUGGGUACAGGGAACCCCUGGAAAGCGGGGGCCACACCUCCAGCCAAGCCGCAGCACCCAAGGACUUGCAGUCGUUAGCUAGUCAACAGAUAAACUUGGAGCAGAACUCUUCACAGCCAGCAUGGAGCCCUCCCCACAGCACCCCCUUGGGAGAUCAUUCCACCCAGCUCAACACCCAACAAAAAUCAGGCUGGGGGCUUCCCUGGUGGCGCAGUGGUUGAGAGUCUGCCUGCCAAUGCGGGGGACACAGGUUCGUGCCCUGGUCCAGGAAGAUCCCACAUGCCACAGAGCGGCUGGGCCCUUGAGCCAUGGCCGCUGAGCCUGCGUGUCUGGAGCCUGUGCUCCGCAACAGAAGAGGCCACAACAGUGAGAGGCCCACAUACCGCAAAAAAAAAAAAAAAUCAGGCUGGAACCCACUGAGUCUUUAUUGUGUCCACUCAGCCAACCUGAGAAUUGGGGGCUCCAGGUACGGAGGCAGAACUAGGCCCUGGGACAGCCUGCCCAGCUGGCCCACCACUGUGGACAUCAUAGGCCCAGACGCGGUCCAGGCCCUCACCCAGUACAGCCACAGGUUGCCAGGUGGGGAGGGGGAAGCGCCCAGACACCACUCGGGCUCCUGCAGGCAACUCUGCCUGUAGCUUGUCCUCCAGCA